AAACUUAAAAUUUAUUCUGUCUCCAAGGAAUUAAAGGCCAUAUUACAAUUUCCUUGGUGGCUUUGUGAAGUUAGCAAAUGUCCUUGAAUGCUUGUCCUUGGGGGCUAGGGACGUUAGCAAACGUUUGUGCGCAGGAUCUGAAUGAAAUCUGAUUGUGGCUAAAGUAAUUUGAAUGUGCUCUGGCCUCCCAUUCGUCAGUUUCUGCUUUGCUGCUUUUGUGUAUCUUGACUCACUGCUUUUUAUUUCCAAUAAUCUUUCCUUCUACUCUGUCUUCCCUUUGCAUUUUGUUCUCAUGUUGACUUCUCCUUGUUCCUUUCCUAUUGGCCUUGGUGCCAAUUUGUACGUGUGGCUGUCCUGAGAGAUGCUCCUGUAGGGAACUUCCUCUGGGCACUGGUGUCCUGAUUGCACUUUGGUUAUUUUGCAGGGUAAAAAGGAAGAGGACAAAAGUAGACCCAAAUGUGCCUGCGGCGGAGCCACAGAAUUCGCCCGAAUGAGGAGGACAUGUAUCGUGACGCGGAUGAAAUAGAAAAGGAGAAAGAAUUACUUAUACAUGAAAGAGGGUUAUCAGAAGUCAGAUUAAGUGUAGCUCCUGAAAUGGACAUCAUGGACUACUGCAAAAAAGAAUGGAGGGGAAAUACACAAAAAGCCACGUGUAUGAAAAAGGGCUACGAGGAGGUGUCGCAGAAGUUCACCUCUAUACGGCGAGUCCGUGGAGACAAUUACUGUGCGCUGAGGGCCACGCUGUUCCAGGCGAUGCGCCAGCCGGCAGCGCUGCCGUCCUGGCUGCAGGACCCGGAGCUCACGCUGUUACCAGAAAAACUCAUAAGCAAAUACAAUUGGAUCAAGCAGUGGAAACUUGGACUGAAAUUUGAGGGGAAGAGCGAGGACCUGGUUGAUAAAAUUAAGGAGUCCCUCACACUGCUAAGGAAGAAGUGGGCAGGCUUGGCAGAACUGAGAACUGCUGAAGCGAGGCAGAUAGCUUGCGACGAACUGUUCACAAAUGAGGAAGAGGAAUAUAGCCUCUAUGAAGCUGUAAAAUUUCUAAUGCUAAACAGAGCCAUUGAACUAUACGAUGACAAAGAGAAGGGAAAGGAAGUACCAUUUUUCUCUGUGCUUCUGUUUGCUCGGGACACAUCGAAUGACCCUGGACAGCUGCUAAGGAACCACCUAAACCAGGUGGGACACACUGGUGGCCUUGAACAGGUGGAAAUGUUCCUUCUUGCCUAUGCCGUGCGCCACACCAUCCGGGUGUACCGGCUCUCCAAGUACAGCACCGAAGAAUUCAUCACGGUCUACCCCACCGACCCACCCACGGACUGGCCGGUGGUGACCCUGAUCGCCGAGGACGACCGGCACUACAACAUCCCCGUCAGAGUGUGCGAGGAGACGAGUCUGUGAGGGACGCGUACCCGGACGGCCCGGCCACACGGCCGAGGUGCCCUGGCAGCUCCCUGCCGCGGCCCGCGGGCUUCCAGGUCUCUUCGGGUGACCCACGGGGACUGUCGGGCCGGGCGAGCCAAGCUGGACUGGGCUAUUCUGAGGACGGCUUUUGGUCGUUAGAACUAACCAGGGGUUUUCCCUCAUUUUUGAUGCGAUAUGUUUCCUCGGGGGCCUUCAGAGCACUUCUUUUGGAAGGUACAAACUACAUCUUCUCCAUAAAACAAACCUUUUGUAUCAGAGGAGACGCCUCUCGGAGAGGAGUGUGUUCUUCACGUCUCAGAAGCAGACUCUCUAAUGUAAACUGGUCUCAGUUUUUUCUCAAGGUAGUCAUUUUUUGUUUUGGGGGUGAUGGGUCUCUGGAGUGCCCGUCCUAUGCAAUUCGGCUUACGUGGCCUAACUGAGGCGGAGCCUGUUAGGGGCACAGUCAUAACGUCCUCUGAUAGUCUUCCUGAGCACUGGUUCGGGCUUACAUGUUCAUUAAAGCUAUCCUAAGCA